GCAGAACCCCGCCCCAUCCCGCUGCUCCGCUCCUCCGCUGCGUGCCAGGGACGUCAGGGGCGGCGCCGCAGCAGUUACCCCUGGUAACGGGGGAGGCAGAAGGAGGAGGAGGCGGAGGCGGAGGAGGAGGAGGAGGGACUCGGCUUGAGGAUGGGCUUGCUCUCUAUUUUGCGCAAAUUGAAAAGUGCACCAGACCAGGAGGUGCGAAUCCUUCUCCUGGGCUUGGACAAUGCCGGCAAGACGACCCUGCUGAAGCAGCUUGCAUCUGAAGACAUCAGCCACAUCACACCUACACAGGGUUUUAACAUCAAAAGUGUACAGUCACAAGGGUUUAAACUGAAUGUAUGGGACGUUGGCAGACAGAGGAAAAUCAGGCCAUACUGGAGGAGCUAUUUUGAAAAUACGGAUAUUCUUAUAUAUGUAAUUGACAGCGCAGACAGAAAAAGAUUUGAAGAGACGGGUCAGGAACUAACAGAAUUACUGGAGGAAGAAAAGCUGAGUUGUGUGCCCGUGCUCAUCUUUGCUAACAAGCAGGACCUACUCACGGCAGCCCCCGCCUCCGAGAUCGCAGAAGGGCUGAAUCUACACACCAUCCGGGACCGGGUCUGGCAGAUCCAGUCCUGCUCAGCUCUCACAGGCGAGGGCGUCCAGGACGUGCAACCGUACUGUGAGGACUGGUCCGUACUGCUCCAGGACAUAGAUUCCCGCCUUGCCACGUGGAUGGCAUGAACUGGGUCUGCAAGAACGUCACCGCGAAGAAGAAAUAGUCUAGAGCCGUGGAGCUGCAGGAGCUGUAGGAGCCGCGUUUGGCCCGAAGAGCACUGGUCUGCUGUUUUCUGACCAAAUGCUUUUUCAUCUGCACAGCGGCCGCUGUGUGACGAGAGGGACAAGAGCUUCCGAAGAACCCCUCUCCAGCCGUAGGUUUUAACUGAUCUCCAAGGUUCAGUAUCGUUUUUCAAAUAAAGGAAUUAUAUUAUUUCCUCUGCUUAAUUGCGAUAGUAUUAAAUGUCUCAGAGCACAUGAUCAGGAAAGGGUAAGAGCUUGCGCUGCAGUUUAGACAAUUCCAGUGAGCUUUUUGUAAAAAAAAGAAAAAAAGGAAGAAGAAGCUGCUGCUUGCGCUGCGUCCCUUUAUUUACUGACCUGUCCCUUCACUCCCUUCGGGUUUGGAAACCACAUGCCUGGCGGUGCUGGGCAGAGAUUUGAUUUUUUUUUUUUUGUCCUCAUCCCCAACAGCCAGGGCUUUAGUCUAUCCAGCAGGACGCUGCUUGGGGAGGCAAAGGAUAGCACAUGAUGAAACCAUCUUGUCAGGUAGGUAAGACACUGGAUGUAAUCCCCACUUUAUGGGCAGAAGAAAAAAAUCCUUGCAAACAGGUCACUACAGAAACAUCCCCACUCCAGCCCCCCAGCCCUCACCCCUGCCAGCCAUGCACGGCAGCAGAUUCUUAUGACUUUUGACUGUAAUGACAUCUGGAAUGUAAGAAGAGGUGGGAGGUUUAAUUCCAGAAAAAUUACAAGGUCCUUAAAAAGCCCUCACUCACAUGGAGAGCUCAGGCUAGCGUAAACAGGCUUUCUCCAGCUCAGUGGAGCAGGGCCAGUCGACUCCAGGUUCGCCGCCGACUUCUCCACUGCAGUCCUGUAGAGGGGAUUUCUAAAGCUCAAAGAAUUCUGUGUUUAAAUGAUCACAAUAGGCCGAUGCUAUCAGAUUUUAAAAAUAAAUGCAGCUUUGCCAUGAACCUGCUCCACUGAGAAAAGCCAGGCGGAUCGAUUUUGAGAAGAGAUCAAUUUUUACAGUGCGGGCACUCGGUGGUGUGGGAAGCUCCCGGAUGGGAAGCAUCUGCUGCAGGGAACAUGGGGUGUGAUCGCAGGGGUUGUGCCCAGAGAAGCCACUCACCCCGUGCUGGUCUCCUCUGCUUCUUUCCAGCAAAACAUGUUGGCUGAUAGGGAACGGUGCAGAAGCCCUGCCCUUCCCCCAUUGCAAAAGGAGCGCGUCUCCCUGAGCCCUCAGAAAUCCCAGCCUCAAACCCCAAAAGCAGGCCAGAGCAUCGCCUGCUCCUGAAUUAAACUCUGUUCUGGGCAUGAGCUCAGGGCUUUUCAGAGAAUAAAUAAGAGACUAUCCAAUGCCUGGUAGGUCCAAGGAGGCCAGCUGCCUUCUCAUCCUGGGAGGUGGCCCUUUCCAAGUCCCCCGUGAUGUGUGAGCUAACAGAAAGUGCCACAGAAGCCCCUGCCCCAUGGUACCCAGCUAUUCUGGACUCUGGGGAGGGAGAAGCUUGUAGAGUUUGAAAGGCAGCUGAGAUGAAAAGUCUGACAAAGCCUGGGAGAGUGGUGGCUGUGGUAGCCGCGGACAGGCCUGUGAGGGCUUGCAAGACAAAAGAAGAAGAAGAUGAGGGGGUUAAACCUAGGCUAGUUAGGCCUGCCACCUCUUCCAGCGACUUCUCUGAUUUGAAGGGUGGCAGACAGAGCUAUAAGGAAUCAGAAAAGCCCUUUCUCCAGCCUCCAGAUGGAGCUUUGGCCUUGAGACUUGCUCUUCCUUCCAAAUAGUGCCCCCAGGAUGUUAUCUGAAGGGCUGCAUGCCUGCUUUGAGGUCUAGUUUUGGAAUGCUGCAGCGGGGACUUUGACUCUGGAAGAGCAGGAUCUGUAAAAGGUGUUUGGUCUCUUAGCACCAACUGAAGGAACUGUUCUAAAGAGCAGCUGUCCCCAGGCCCCAGCUAGCGGGCAGAGCUGCUUGCUCUGCUCUGAUGGCAGCCGCUGUGAAUGUCCACAUUGCUUUUCAGCCAGAGACACCAGAGACAACUGUGGUUGUCACAGGCUUUCAUCUUGCCUGUGAACCCUGUUGAACCCUCCGGGGGCUCGGGAUAGAUGAGAGGAGCCUGGAAAAUGCAGAGUUUGAAAGCUCCCAUUUGUAAAAACAAAAUGUUUGUGAAGUCCCCUUUCCUCUGUACGGUGCCACCCGUGCCCCUGUGGCCAUGACCAGAGGACAGAUUCUGAAUCUGGAAAGGGGAUCCCCCAGCCCCGUGCCUCCCCCAUCCCAGUGAGCCCUGGUAAGACUUUUGCUCUGCGCACCAUUGCGUCUGAAUGUGCAGGGGGCGAGGGCUGAGGCCAGAGGGCAGGCAAAGUCCACAGUGUCUACUAAACCAGUUGUGGGAAAAACUGAGCCCUCCUCCCACCCUCCCCGUGUGGCUGCUUUUGGCUGGAUUCCCUUCGCCCAGUGCAGUACACCCUUUCCCCUUCGCUCUCCCUUGGUUACUAUGGAAACAAGGGUGUCAUUGAUGUGGGCUGAGCUGGGGAACAUGUCGGCGCAGCUGAAAGUCAGCGAUUAUGCCGGCGCUUAGCUCGGCCCGGUAGAAAAGUCCGCAGCCUGAGAUGCUGCACACAAGGACGAUCUUGCCAGCGUCCGCCCUCCUCCUCCUCCUCCUCCUCCUCUGUCCCCUGGCUUUGACGAUUUCUUUAUGCCCCUCCGGACUAAAGUGGUGGCUAUUUUUAAUGCCACUCUGUGCCCCACCCUCACUGUUGGCCGCUCCUUUUCCGGCCUGGCCUGGAGGGUGACACCAUGUCACCCUCACCAGGACCCAGGCCUCCAUUCCCAUCUGCAGUAUGCUUUGAUUCCCCUUCCUCUCCUUCUCGGGACGCUUCUUCCUUUAUUUUUAGCUCUGCUCUCCAUGUGGUUUCAGGGUUCAGUGUGAUCCAUCGAAAGGUUCUUUUUUUAUAGUCCCUUUUGAAAAUGAUAAUCAAAGGAAGGGACGUGGUGUUUGGUCAUGUGGAAAGCUCAAUGUAUAAUUUAGACGUCUGUCAAAACUGCGACAAAUAAAAUGUAGCUGAAAUGAA